AUGAAUAAUGAAGCAAACGGUUCGUCGGGUGAUUCGACUACUGGCUCGAUCGGCAAUGACCCGACGCUGCAGUCAUUAUUAGCCUUACUAGUUAACAAUGUCAUCCAAGCGCCGAGUAUCAACAACUCGUAUCAAAUUAUGCCAGAUUUAUCUCACACUGUUGGCGAUUUUGACGGCGAGUGCGAGAUCGGUGGAGAAGCUACCGCAUGGCUGAAUAAUCUGAAUGCCACCGCGGAACUUCACAAAUGGCCCAAUUCGCUGAAGUUGCAAAUGGCCCGACGGCAUAUGAUCGGAGCAGCUCGCGACUGGUUUCUGUGCAAUAUCGAUGUAAUCACUACGUGGGCAGAAUUUGAAUCGCUAUUCAACAAGACAUUUCGAGCGGACUCAAGUUUUUCGCAACGAUAUGCCCAAAUGCAAGCCAGAAUACAGAUAAAGGGCGAAUCGACCACCACCUACUUCCACAACAAAGUGAGGCGAUGCAAACUAAUAAAUCUCACAUUCGCAGACACCAAAGAACAAAUAUUAUUAGGAUUGUGGUCGGACGAAUUAUCGCGGACCCUCUUAGCCGCCAGGCAUAUGGACACGGAUGAACUUCUUGCGGAUAUUGUGGCAUACGAGCGCGUACAAAAGGGACGUGCGGAAAAUAGCUACGUAGACAAAACUCCGUGGCGCCCAAAAACUGUCAGAGAAGUCGACAAACGUGUUAGUGCGAAGCCGGCCAACGUCACUACAGCUGGUACUGUCGCGUCUGGAGACAAGGAAAAAAGCGUAGUGCCUAUUGAAAAUAAAUUGCGCUGUUGGAAUUGUCAAAAGACAGGGCACAGCCGACGUGAUUGUCCUUCGCCUCGACGCAAUGGUGAUAAGUGCGCCUCAUGUCACUGGUUCGGCGGUAAACACCACAAAUCCUGUACGGUAAAAGAUAAAGAAGAGGGAAAGUCAAACGCGGACAACAGCACAAUGUGUACGUCAAUAGGACCUGAUCGACGCAGUGGUGGCACCUUGCAUGAAAAACAAGUAUAUUUAAAUGGUGUGCACGCCAUGACCGGUCUUAUUGAUUCUGGUUCAUCGGUAUGCAUUUUACGAGAAAGUGCUGGACGCCGAUGCGGUUUGAUUUGGGAGCCUGACAACACGACAAUUGUGGGAUUUGGCGCGAACGCUCAGACCACUACGAUCGGAAAAACUGUAGUCAGCCUGAGCAUUGACGAAGCAACUCUCGCGGCAGCCGUUAUAUAUAUAGUACCUGACACCAGCCACCAACUUGAUCUAUUGAUCGGUCGACCGUGGUGUGAAGCGCCAGAGAUUUCUUACAUUAAACAUGGAGACUCACUUACCUAUUAUAAUACCAUUUCAUUUCCAUUCACUCAGGCGGCUUCAAACGAAAGCUGCUCAGCUGAGGGUGCGUUGGUUGUAUGCGACACCAAACGCAUAGAAGCCAAUUGCGUGGAUGUAGUGACAGCAAUGGUGAAUGAGGUCCAGAUACAGGUACCUGUGAAAAACGACUCCGAACACGCUGUGGAAGUGCAAGCUAAUGACAUACUCGCCAGACGGGCAGUAGUAGCACAAUUUCCGCAGGUGAAAGCGGAGCCGCUUAACCGUCCACUUACGUACGACGACAUCCGGAAACCGGAGUGUUUGAACACAGAGCAACAAACCGAGUUACUCAACCUCGUAAACGAGUACAGGAGCUGCUUUGCAUUAAAUAUGAGCGAAUUAGGGUGCACUGACCUAGGCACCAUGGAUAUCACCAUCAAACCAGGGAGCGAACCGUUUGCCGCCAAGCCAUACCGUGUAUCUAGGAACGAGAGGGAAGAAAUCCAACGUCACGUCCAGGUAUGGAAAGAUCACGGUAUUGUCGAAGAUUCGACUUCAGCCUAUGCUGCGCCGGUACUUCUAGUGCGUAAGAAGUCAGGGGAGUCGAGGUUAGUCUUGGACUAUCGACGGUUAAACGAUCAAACAGUGAAACAGGUCUACCCCCUACCAAACAUUGAUGACUUAUUGGAACAAAUGGCAGGUUACCGAAUGUUUACCGUAUUAGACCUGGCCCACGCCUACUUGCAAAUUCCAUUGACUAGCUUCAUCACACCAGAUGGAACAGGUCAAUUUACUCGCAUGGUAUUCGGGUUGAAAAAUGCCCCGUUUGAAUUUACCAAGGUGAUGGACCGAGCUAUAGGACGAUUGAAGAAUCGAAUAGUCAUAAAUUACUUCGAUGACUACUUCAUUCCUGCCAGGGACUGGGAGGAAAUGAAGGAACGCCUACGUCAAGUUCUAGAAGCACUCGUUGCCGCGAAGCUAACAUUACGGCCAACCAAAUGUAUAUUUGCUGCGAAAAGUAUAGAAUGUCUGGGCUUCGAAUUAUCAGCUGAUGGAGUACGUCCCGGAGUAGUGAAACUGAGGGCAAUUGAAGAGUUCCCAAAACCCAAAAACGAACAUGAAGUUCGUCGCUUCAUGGGUCUAGCUAGUUUCUUUCGACGCUUCGUACCGAAAUUUGCAGAAAAGGCACGACCAAUUACUGAACUGACAAGGAAAGAAACAAAGUUCAAAUGGGGACCAGAACAACAGAGUGCAUUUGAACAGAUUAAGUUAGAUUUACUUAGUGAACCAGUACUGCAAUUGUUUGAUGCUACCAGGCCGACUGAGUUACAUACAGAUGCAUCUUGUAACGGACUGGCAGGCAUGCUGUUGCAGAGAGACGAGUCUGGAGAGCUACGUCUAGUGCACUGCUACAGUAAAAAAACCAGUGAGACGGAACGUCGCUACCACUCAAGUAAGCUGGAGCUCAUGGCGAUCGUGUGGGCCCUUGACAGGAUGCGCUCUUGGCUAAUUGGGGUACACGUCAUUAUCAUUACUGAUUGUCAAGCACUUGUCUACAUGAAUAGUCUUAAGUCGACCAACUCUCAGAUAACUCGUUGGUUUGACCUGAUCCAAGAAUUUGACGUGGAGGUGAGACAUCGUGCCGGGACAGCUAUGUCACAUGUGGACGCUCUCAGUCGAGCCCCUACUGAAGACAGCUCAGAUACAUUGGACGACCUGAUCACUGAACGAUUGGAAGUAUGUGUAGCUGUAACUGAAGAAGAGUAUGUCAAAGGGAUCGGGAUGCAGUACAGUGAUCCAGAACUACGAGAGAUCAUUGAAUCUCUAAAACAGGCGACAGCUAGUAAAAUAACAACCCAAAAUUAUAAAUUAAUUAAUGGUUUAUUGUAUAGAUUGGUGCAGUCAGCAACAGGACCCCGAAAGCUCUGGAUGGUUCCUAAGAGAAUGAGGAAAAGUCUAGUGGUCAAAUUCCACGACCUCAGCGGGCACUUUGCCGUCGAACGCACUGUCUCCAGGAUGAUGGAGCGCUAUUAUUUUCCACGUAUGAGAAGAUACGUAAAAGCUCAUAUCAAUAUGUGUCCAGAGUGUGCAAUAUAUAAGAAGUUGCGAGGGAGACAAGCGGGCAUGCUACACCCUAUAACUCCUGGUAAUCGCCCUUUUGAAACAGUCAACAUAGAUCACCUGGGACCAUUUCCAGUAAGUUCUAAGGGAAAUGCUUAUAUUUUAGUGCUGGUAGACAACUUAACAAAGUUUGUUAAGUUGUAUCCAUCAAAAACAAUACAAUGA